AUGGCGACCGCCUAUACGAUAGCUUCGGAAGAGACUCUCGUGUUUGAAGCCCAGAACAACGGCGCGAUAUCUGUGAUCACCCCCGUGGCAGACCGUGUGUUGCUGAGCGUGACUGGGCCGGAGCCCACGAAAACUGCACCGUUGCAGAAUGGACAUACUUCCAACCACGACGAGUCGGCUAUCAACGGUUCGGCGCAGCACGAGGAGCAGGGAGAAGAGAACGAAGAUGAAGGAGAUACUGAGACGCAGCACGUCCGGGAUGAGCUCGAGAGCGUCAGCCAGGAAGUUGUCAUUGCCUUGAGAGCUGAAUUAUCUGCCUUGAGAUGGCCAGAUGACAUAUAA